ACCCUAGAAAGAAAGAAAGAAAGCAAAUAUCGACCUCCUCUAAACUCCAAAGGCGGCGGUGGUUGGCCGGCGGCGGGGCCAUGAGGGCGAUCUCCGGCACCAUCCUCUCCUCCCGCCCCUGCUCGCUCGCCAAGGCCGCCGCCAUCAUCACCCGCUUCGCGGACUCCGCCGCCUCCCACCUCCCCUGCCCCGACGCCGCCACCUACCUCCGCACCGCCGCCGACGCCACCGCCGCCCACCACCUCUUCCGCCGCGACCUCCGCAAGUACUACCAUGGGGAUAUUGCUCCUGCUUCCGCCUCCGCCUCCGCCACCGACAGGAAGAUCAAGAAGCAUAUAGUGAUCCCUGCUCUUUCCGCCUCCGCCUCCGCCAGCGAGAGGAAGGUCAACAAGGAGAAGCAUUCCAAGGAGCAUCACGAAUCAUCGAUUCAUGUGAAGCAGGAGGUUGAAGAGAUCCCCAGCCCGGAGAAGAAAAGGACCCAAAAGAAGCGUUCCAAAGAGAUGAAUACCGAUGCUAGCGCUGGUGAUUUGGGAAGUCUUGCCGCAGAGCAAGAUUUAGGCAGUGACAGAAAAAGGAAAAAGAAGAGGGAGAGAGGUGAUGACAAUGAGCAACUAGAGCAUACAAGCAAGAAGCCACGGAAUCGGUCCUGAGUUUAGGCUUAGUACAGCCCAUUCUGAUUGGAAUUGGUCGCAUCUUCUUUUGAAGAUGGUGUGGUGAGGUUGUUCUAACUCCAUUUUGCGAGUGGGGCUGGAUUACAUGGUCACUCUAGUUUUAUCUUGUUUUCUUGUGAUAUCAGUCUGAUAAGGAUACGUCACAAUCCCUUUUGUAGCA